AGGUCUUUGUUAAAUCCCAGGUAUUCUUUAUCUGGUUACAAUGUGCUGCUUACAGAUUUUCAUUGUCACCCUUUCAGAUUCCUGCCUUGUCAGUUCUCCUGCUUCAUUCCUGAGCCCAGUCAUCAUGCCUAGGGGUCAAAAGAGUAAGAGCCGCUCCCGUGCAAAACGACAACAGGCACGCAGUGAGCUCCAGGGUCUCCCAGAAGUUCACACUGGAAAAGAAGCUGCAUGUCCUCCUGUUGACCAGAGUGAUGGCUCCAGGUUCCCUGAUGUUUCUGCUCUACAGGGGCUAAAAGCCCCUGGAUCUCACAGGGCAGAUGUGUCCUGCACAGGCUCUGGUGUAGGUGUUAGGAAUGCUGUUGCUCUUGCUGAUAAGCAAACUUCAGGUGCUAUUCAGACAGUGACCUCUAUUCAGCACACACUUAAGGAUCCGAUCAUGCGGAAGGCUAGUGUGCUAAUAGAAUUUCUGCUGGAUAAGUUCAAGAUGAAAGAGGCAGUUACACGGAGUGAAAUGCUGGCCAUAGUGAACAAGAAGUAUAAGGAACAGUUCUCUGAGAUCCUCCGUAGAACCUCUGCACGCCUAGAGCUAGUCUUUGGUCUUGAGUUGAAGGAAAUAGAUCCCAGCACUCAGUCCUAUAUGCUGGUGGGUAAACUGGGUCUCUCCACUGAGGGAAGUCUGAGUAGCAACUGGGGCUUGCCCAGGACCGGUCUCCUGAUGUCUGUUUUGGGUGUGAUCUUCAUGAAGGGCAAUCGUGCCACUGAACAAGAGGUCUGGCAGUUUCUGAAUGGAGUAGGGGUAUAUGCUGGGAAGAAGCACUUAAUCAUUGGGGAGCCCCAAGAGUUCAUAAACAAAGAUCUAGUGCAGGAAAAGUACCUGGAGUACCGCCAAAUUCCUGGCAGUGAUCCACCAUGCUAUGAGUUCCUGUGGGGACCCAGAGCCCAUGCUGAAACCACCAAGAUGAAAGUUCUGGAAGUUUUAGCUAAGGUCAGUGGCACUGUCCCUAGUGCCUUCCCUAAUCUCUACCAGUUGGCUCUUAGAGAUCAGGCAGGGGGAAUAAGAAGGAGAGGUCAAGGUAGGGCUGGCACCGUUGUCAAAGCCAGGAUACAAUCCAAGACUCUGUAG